AUGGUGUCGGACCUGGUGGACCGCGUGGCUGGCCUGCGACUGCCCAAGCUGGAGCCGCGCCGAGGCAACGUUCGCCUGCUGUGCCUGGUGCUGUUCUACCUGGUGUUCCUGGUGGUGGGGGGCCGCCAUAUUCUCGGCCAUCGAGUCGCCGGUGGAGGUGGACUGCCUUCUGAAGGUGUCACUGGAGCGUCGCGACUUCCGCCGUCUGUCCGCCAUCUGGGCCAGGUCUCCAUGAAGGAGGGCGCCGGCGGUGCCUCGCAGACGGUUCAUCGGGCGCGCGUGCACGCCGCCUUCCAACGCGGCGACUUCAAGCAGGUGUACCAGGUGCUGGAGAGCCAGCCGUUCGACGCCAAGUACCAGCAGCUGCAGCACCUGUGGUACCAGUCGCGCUACGCCGAGCAGCGCCGACUUCGGAACAAGCCGCUGGGAGCGGUUGACCACUACCGGAUCCGGAAAAAGUACCCGCUACCAAGAACAAUUUGGGAUGGAGAAGAAUUGGUGUACUGCUUCAAGGAGAGGGAUAGGAAAAUGCUGCGGGACUUCUACACGAUGAACCGCUACCCGACGCCGGCGGAGAAGAGGGAGCUGGCCCAGCAGACGAAGCUCAGCACCACGCAGGUGUCCAACUGGUUCAAGAACCGGCGCCAGCGUGACAAGACGCAGAGCAGGGAGCACCCCCAGAACAUGACCCCUAUCAAGAGGCGGCUCGGCUGA